GUAGCAGUUACGUAGUAACUAGUGUAGUUAGCUGGGUGGUCACCACCUUAGGUUGUUAUUCUGUUCAGGGGAAGUGUGUUCGAACUGAAUAAAUGUGUCUACGUCUGUGACUCCGUUGAACCCAUUACACAUACAUAAACUAAUUUUAAGAGAGGUGUAAUUGGCGCAGAAGGCCCUGUAUGGUGUACUGUUAUUAAUAAGACAAUUGCAUGGUGGCCAGAGUUGCAUGUUCGUUCCAUUAUAUUUCCCGCCUUUAAGCAACAACAAAAAAUGCGACGCUGAUCUCCUGCCAAUCACGUGAUGCCUCUCUUGACAGCUUCCAUGCAAAGUGGGGGUGUUUUCGGUGGUGGCGGAGACAUGAACUUAGCUGACACGAUGCACACAACCCUCCUGGGUUUCCACCACAGUAAUAGAACAAUGGCUGCUUUCAAACCAUUCGUUGGUUGUUUGAUCCCUCAUCCCCGGCCCGAUUGGCAUGCGAAGGCGUCGUAGCUUCACGGAGCGCGCAGGUUAUUGGUAUCAAAGGAGAGGAGGCGUCUGACCAGGGCCUAUUGACCGGGACCAUUUCCAAGUCCUGAAUAAACCUUGCUGAUCUCGUCAAGGAGCAUAAAGCAUCACGUGAACUCCGGUCAUCCUCGCAGUGGCUUUUUCCUGGCCAUCGGACAAAGACGGUCACUGCAUCAUGCGCUUUCAGAAGCGCUUCUGCGAUCAUGUGGAUUGCUUUUCAUUAAGAUAUUAGGAAGCCACUGAGAGCUGCUUUUUGUGUUUAGUUUGUUGUCCUUCCCCCGCACCUCCUAUUAGCACGUUCGGCUACAGACAGUGCAAACGAAGUUCAACAUACAUACAAGCAAAACGAACUCACUCCCUCACUCGCUCAGGAUUUCAGCUUUGCCAGCUCAGUGCUCUUACCCCAGAGCCACCUGGCCAACUCAAACACCCACCCACCGAACCCACUACCUGCACACUCACUCCCUCGCUCACCCCCUUGCUCACCUACCCUCCCAUCAACGCACCCACGCUCUCACCCUUCCCCUGCCACAGCUCCUCUCUGCGCUCACAACUCUAUAAUCGCCUCACCGAUCAAAGACUCGAGGCGCGAUGCAAAAGGUACAGGCCCCCAUGCAUCCCACGGGAAAGAACGCGUGGCUAUGCCCUCAGGGCCCACAGAGGCCUCUCAAAUCUGCCCUCAAGGCGGCCGAGGGCGACGGAGACGCCAAGGAGCGACCCGCCUUGCGCGUGGGCUUCGACCUUCGCUCUACCGAAGUUCGGUACGUGCCUCGGGUGGUGAACGGCUCGGAGGAGCGGCUGCGCCGGGAGAAGGCGAUCAUGAUGAUGAGCAGCAGCAAAGCCGAGGAGGCCCUGCACCAGCUGCACCUGCACCAGCAGCCGCCGAUGCUGCUGCUGCAAGGCAGGAGGCGCGCCCUCUCCACGUCGUCACUCACCGACGACCUGGUGUACCUGCAGCCGCCGCACGGCUCCCGCUACGAGCAGCAGCUGCAGCUGUUGCGGGUUCCGCAGCAGCAGCAGCAGCUCCACCGCCGCAAGCGCAGCCUGUCCGUAUCGUGCGAUGGCACGGAGCGGCAGCUCGGCUCGCCCGGCCGUGUGGUGGUCACGAUGCCGGUCAAGGCACAGACGCUUCGCACGCUCAGGGACACGCGGCGGUGGCAGCUACCGGCGUCAUCGCAGCAGCAGAGCGAGAUGAUGGACGGACCCCCGAUGCAACUCAUGAUGGGACGUCGUGCGUCGCACAGUACCCAGGGCACAGAGCAGCACGGACUCCUGCCACGCCGUACCUUGCGCUCGGGCUCGCUUGACCGCUCCACCCUGCGGCUGGUGCCGGAUCGGCUGGAGGUGCCGCCCAGCAAGAUCGUCCACGAGAGGCGCCGGUCAGCGAGCGUGAUAACGUCCCAGGCCGCGGCCAAACCCCCUGUGGCUCCCACGGUCGGCGAGGAGAAGAGGAAGAGCAGCGCCAACGUCAAAGGACGAGCGGCAGAGUCGAACUCGGCCGGGAAGGUCGGGGACAGCUCGAACGGCUCGCCGGUCAAAGAGGACCUCACACAGGUGGAGGAGAACUCGAAGCCGUCGCUCCGCGUAAUGCUGCUGGGCAUCAUGAAGAUUAAGAAUUCGCGUGGCAAGGACACGACGUAGUUUGGCCUCUAGCUGAUCCGCGUGAACAGCGCCUGGAGGUUUUAGCACAAGAUGGCCGGGUGUCACAGGAGACCGAUACUGUGUUUCAAGUCUCUGAGCCCUUCACCUGUGAGGUGCGAAUCUGAGUUUUGGCCACCCGUGGUUAAACCAAGGUCUGGAGUGUAGUAAGUUGGUGGUUUCAGUUCGGUCGUCACUGACUGCACUAAGACGACAUUAAGUUAUAAAAUUUGGGAUGUCACUUCACUCGGUGUAUUUAAAUUCUCAAAAUUACAAACAUGUUUGCUUUGUCAUGCGAUGAAUGCCUCUACAGCAGGGAAUAUGCGUUGGUGUGCCGUAGUGUGGAUGAGGCAAUUGAAUGGAUUUCAGAAGUAGUUGUUUGCUAUCACCUUCCACAUGCCAUUCUCUAAUAAGUUGUGAUGUUAUGUCACUGCUGUCCAAGAGUUCUGAUUAGAUAACUCCACCGUGUGACGUAAACACAAUAUACCUUGGAAAAAAUAAAUGCUUUUGCACUGCUGUCACUAACAGGCACGACCCUGUAAUUAGAAACAGGUGAAUUAAUUUGUGGAGACAAAUACCCCUGGAUAUGCGUAGACCUUAACUGGAAGGUCUCGAGUUCACAUCUCUAUUGGGUAGUCAACUCAGCUACUCAUUCGUUCAUCCUUUAGGAGUGGAUAAAAAUGAGUACCACUUUGUGGGAAGCAGACACGUGGGCUAGAACAAAUACGGGGGUAAAGUGCAAUUGGCAAAGUUUUUUUAAAAAAGAAGUUUCGUGGGCCAAAGUAGAAUAAUUAAAUAAAAACUUGGAAGGGCAAGUGUCAAAUGGUUGUAAUCAUUACUAUAGAUUACGCUUAUAUAGCACAUUUCACAAACUACUGUUGUUCCAAGGCACUCAACAGUCUAUCAAAAAGUGCAAAGUCUCCCAGACUACAACUGUUAAUUCAACUUGCUCGCGCUCGCCAUAACAUUCUGGAAUUUUUUUAUUGGCAGCUUAUGGCUUUGCCACACUUGCCAAAAUUGGGGGUGGGCUUGGCGUGGCAGCCAUGACAGGCACCCUGUGUUCCUUUGCUCAGGCAAUCAACACAGUUGCUCCUCGAAAACAUACACACACAAGCACACACAUGCGUCAGCGGAGCCAUAAUGCGGCUCGGUGUUUUUUGUAAACAAGCCUUGCUCACAAAGGUCAGGUUCAAAGUUGACAUCGCCUGGGCGUGCCUUCCUCUGCCCAGAGGUCAGGUCAACAAUAUUGCUGAGGGGCAAAUUGUGGUGGGCCCUGCAUUCCUGUGAAAAUCAAAACAUGCGUCUUGAGUUCCUGCAGCUGAUACAGGCUGAGUCUGUGCCGUGUGUCUGCAUGCGUGUGGUAUACAGUGAUGUGGUGGUUAGCGCACUGCAUGAUGAAACUGACCAUCCGAGUUCAAUUCCCGCUCAUGGCCAACACCAGUGACGAUUAUGUGAACUAGUCCUCGGCUUCCCCUAGGUCGACUCGGCCAGGAAUGAGUACCUGGUGCGAUGUGUCAACGUCGCCACUCGGGAGACAAAGGGAGCCACUCACCCCCUCGUGUGCCGUGUCUCAUUAACAAGGUGAUCGCUAACAGCAUUUGCCCCAACAGUCUGUUAAAGAUUUGAAGCUUUCGUGACUGCAAGGAUUCAUACUCUUAGUUUUUUCGGUAAAGUCACGCAGGUAAUAAAAUUAAAUUAAAAUUAUUUUAUUAUUAUUAUUUUAUUUGUAUUAAUUCUAAUUUCAUUUUUUUACCUACGUGACUUUACCGAAAAAAAUAAGAGUAUGAGUCUGUUAAAGGCUGUUCGGCAGCAGUCCCCAACCUUUUUGGCACCAGGGAACGGUUUCGUGGAAGACGAUUUUUUCACGGACCGGGGGGGGGGGUGUUCAUCAUCGGGUCUUUCCCCCUUUUCAAAGAAGCUCUCCAGCGACGUUUGUUUUUUACUCAUUUUGGCUACUAGGGUUUGCUUGUGGGCUUACCAAAAUUGUGACUGAAGUAGUAAAUAAAAUAAUGGGGCGGGCCACGCGCGGACUCACCGCUCACCUCCUGUUGGGGGUCGGGGAGCCCUGCUGUACGGGAUAUCUUUGUCUUGAUGUACAGACAGAGACAAACACAGAGAAAGAAACACAACGAGACAUGGCGAUCUAUGGACACAGAGAAACACAGAAAGACGUGUUGCAGAGACAAGCAUAGAGACAGGAGGCAUGCAGAGAAACACAGAAACGUCCACGCGUGGCGAUUCAGAGACGGGGAAAGAGACGGACAAGGCAAACGGAGAGACGCAUCGAGACUCGGCAAAACACAUCCACACAAACGCAAACAAAUUUUGGAGGCGGUCUCCCAAUCUCAGCGGCCGCGGCAUUUAAACCCGGCCACCGGGUCACCAAAGGAACGUGGGCACACAAGGCCAAAGUACAAUGCACCGAAAUAAACGAGAACGCAUUCCCUGGGCUUAGCAAACACGGGCGGAAAAAAGUCCUAAAAUAAUCUGAGCCAUGCGCCACCCAAUAGAUUAUAGGCUUACGUGACAUCACGUCCACGCGGAGCAAUGCGUAAAAUGUAAAAGUAGCUGGAAGCUGGAUAAGAUUACGCCUUAUAUAAGCACAGCUCCGAUAUAAGCAACAUCCUUCCUGAGAAGUUUGAUUGGACACAAGGUGAACACAUGGAAGCAAACUGAGAGACACUGUGUCCUGUGGACACAGUGAGAUACGGAGGGAAACCAGACACAGACGCAUACACGAAGACAAAGACACAGAGACAUAAAGUGAUAUACUGUAGAGAGAGAGAGACAGAUACUGGCAAACGGAGGGAACACGCUGAAACUCAAAUAUAGACGGGAGAAAAACAUGUAUCAGGGGCACUGGCUCUGGAGGGGGCAAACGGUAACUUAGAAUACAGGCACACUUCAGAAAUGAGCACACAUGGAGGUGUGUAUUUCGUUUCUUCUCCCCAGUGUUCGGUGCAGAUGAGGAAUGUUGUGUCGUGCUGGCCUUAAUCGGGUGCUCGUUAAGAGCUCUGAUUCCCCACGGCGUGUAAAGCUGAGAGUGGAUCUAUGGUUGCUCUGUUGUUCAGUUCUAUGUAUGCGCACUGAAUGGACAUCCUGUAAUCCAAGUGGGUAUUUGUAUGUUGAAAUUGUACGCAUCUUGGCGUGGUGUUUAUAUAUAGCAGGGCGCAGCUUUAUUACCGUGUUAUUGUUAUUGUUAAUUGGGAUAUGAUCCGAUCGCGAUGUUGAUUGACACAGACACGCAGAUCGACGGAUGCAGAUACACCGCACGGAGAGAGAUGUAGGUGAAGGAAAAGUCACAUGGAGACAUACCGACAGACACGUAGAGGACGCAGAGAUGGCGUUACUGAGACGGGACGGAGAGAGAAGCGUAGACGGUGACUGAGAUGGACAUGGAGAAAAAAGACAUGGAGACGCAGAGAAAUUAAGACGGAGAUAUACGGAGACGAUCACUGACAUACACAUAUACUAUGGAGACUCGUAUAUGUAGCCACUAAUGCAGAAUAUGCUGCAUGGAUUAUUGUUGACAUUUGAGUACUAAAAUUGUAUAUUGCAGUCAUGUACUAUACAAAGCGGGACUUUGUAUGUCAAUGGCACAUGAUGUUUUCUGUAAUUACUAGUAGUUAGUACUAUCACUAACAAACACAACAAUAAAAGCGUUUUGUAACCUUCGGCAGAGAGACAAUGACAAAAUAAACACGUGUCAUCA